AUGAAGGACUUUCAAGUUCAUCUACAUAUCGAUCCCUCCGUACCCCCUGUGACGCAACCUCAUCGGAGAAUUCCGUUCCACCUUCGCAAAAAGCUCGAUAUCGAACUUGACAAACUUGAACGCCAGGGUAUUAUCGAACCGGUUGAUGGCCCAACUCCUUGGGUGUCCCCUCUCGUUGUGACACCAAAACCAAAGAACCCUGAUGAGAUUCGCCUUUGUAUCGACAUGAGCCAACCCAAUCGUGCGAUCCUUCGUGAACGUCAUCUUACACCGACUAUUGAUGACCUAAUUCAUGAUCUACACGGUGCCACUGUCUUCUCUAAAAUUGAUUUGAACUCUGGUUACCACCAACUCGAACUCGCCCCCGUUCAGACCCCCUAA